AAAGUCAAUAUCCGUUCUAAUCAUGUCCGGUUCGAGACACGAUAUCCAUUUCGUGGGCUAGUGUUCGUACAGGAUCGCCUCGAUGAUCCUCAUUGUCGUAGCCCUCCAGCGAGUCCAAGUGGUCAUCAAAACGCUAGUCUACGUUUAGCAUUCAAGGAAUGCGGAGUGGAACGGCGUAUUUCGACAUCUCCACGAGGUGUGUUCCUAUCGACAUCCGUAAUAAUCGCCUUCAAUCUUGACUACCUUACCAAAGUCGACCGAAUUUACCGAGUACAAUGUUUCUAUAUGGAAAUGGAACGGCGUCUCGAGAAAGAAAUUCUCGUAAAUAUGCCGCCACCUACACUUCAUACAAAACAGGUGCCGAUGCCUGUCUGCAAAUAUGAGGUUCUGGAUGGUUCGCCCGUUGGAAAGCCGGUGUACUAUGCAACUGUCGGCCAAAUGGUGUAUCAUAAAUGGACUUGUGAGGCUGAACAGGCGGAUACAUUCUGUAUGGUCGUGCACUCGUGUUUUGUUGACGAUGGCAACGGUGAACGAGUUCAACUAAUCAACGAAAAAGGUUGCGCAUUGGACAAAUACUUGCUGACGAAUUUGGAGUAUCCGGAGGAUCUUAUGGCAGGUCGAGAGGCUCACGUCUAUAAAUAUGCAGAUAGAGACAAUAUGUAUUUCGAUUGUCAAAUUACACUACGAAUCAAGGAACCCGGAUCGGAGUUUUGUGAGGCGAGUUUAUUAUUUUGA